AUGAAAAACAGAUCUAAAAAUCAACCAAAAUCGACCAAAAACAAUGUUAAUAAAACUCAGACACGACAUAAUAAAGAUGAAUGGCGUGCUGCGUUAGAUUCCAUAUUCAUCAACGAUGAUCGUUGGUGGUGUAUAGUGACGAUGAUGGUAGAGACGAUUGUCGAGCACAGCCGCUACGUUUCUCUCUUGAACGAGGCCGCCGAAGAAGGGGAGCGGACGUGUAUUUAUUCCCUCAGCCAUCAGAAAGCAAUAGACACGGUGAAAACGCUGUCGAAACAAGAUCCAGAGAAAUGUCCUGCCAUUGUGGGUAUUUGUCAUUACGCGAAUACGCUCUUAAACGAAAACAAUGGCCAUCUGUCCACCUGGCUCAUUGCACGGAUCAUAAAGUAUCUGAUUUAUCGCGAAAAAAGCGAGCAAAUCGAAAGACUUGAGGUACAGGCGGAUCUAGACCGCGAAAUCGAUGAAGAAUAUCGGGCAAUUCCGAAUAUUGUCUGCUCAACUUCUUCGCAAAACACCAGGUCCCAAAAGGUUCUCAAUAACGAGGCUGAAUAUGCAUUCAACGGCAAAAUGAAGGCGCGUUCAAGUGAGGAUGUUCCUUUUGAAGGACCGAAUCUCUAUAUUGUACUUAGCGGGUUUUACGAUCCCGAUUUACCAGCAGAACUAUUAGACAUUGGAGUUCCUCUGACCUGCAUAUUCGAGAUUAAACUUGCCAAUGAACCAUAUGUUGCGUAUCAGACGAAGGAAGAGGAUUUCAUUUCCAGUGACAAGACGAGUUUCUCUGAAGACUAUUGCAUCGAUGUGAAGGCGCUAAAUGAAUUUUGGACGAUUACACGCGAGAGAUUUGCUAAUCUAUCGACGUAUCCGAUAUACUCUGACAUUACUAUUCUCACCUUUUCUCCGGCAGUCCUACCGGAGACUUUUACCGAGAACGAGAAAGAGUUUUUAAAACAGGACAUAUAUGACGGGGCGCUUCGCAUUUUGUAUCAUUUGUACGAUCUUUGUUUACAACACGUAAAGUAUCUCAAAAGCAUGAGGCUAGAGAAGAGAAUCGUUGAUAAGAGGGAGGAAACGAUGGACACGAAGAUCUACGAGGAUGCGUUAAGUAAUAUACCUAACGAAUAUAUCAACGUACCAUUGAUAUUGGGCGCGAUACUUUUACAGGUUGAAUCUAAUCUUGCGAGAUCUUACGAUGAAUUUGUUUCCAUCAAACGUAAUACGGGAUUUAGCGAUACGGAUACGAGGCAAGCGAAUACAUCAAUGACAGCUGAACGAAUCCCCGUAUUCGCUGUGCGAGACAAGCUCAGACUGCUUAAUUUUGAGUACGAACUUAUUGAUGAAUAUGUCGAUAGCAACGGUCAAUCGCUGCUUUUCGAUCUAGAAGUUAUACCGUACGGAGAUACUUUGAAAAUGAUAGUUCGUUGUUUUCUUCAACAGCCAUUCAUUGAUUUAGACGACGCGGUCCUGCUCGUCCUACGAGAUCCGAGAAUAAUUAAUAUUUGGCAGAAUCACGAGAUAUUACCCAGAUCGAAAAGCGAUAUGUAUUUCUGUCAUAUAGAUAACAUGGCGCGUACAUUUAAUCAAGAGCAAACGGUCAGUCGCGAGGAAGUCGUGCAUUACCUUCAUCUAUUGAUGUUUGACAAAUUGAUUUUUUCCGAAGACGAAUUGAUUUUUUACGAUGCAGGAGCAGAAUUGACGCAGCCGUUCAAAGAAGACCUGUCAACAUUAAAACACGCACAAACGACGAUUAAGAAAACGCACAGCGUACCAAAUCUUACUGCUUUACCAGUACCUAGUCUACGUCGUUUCAAGAGCGAUACUGAAAUUGAUUACGAUAAGCCGAUAAUUGCAUUCAUCGAGUGUCCGCUUUUAUUCGCGUUAACGGACAUUAGGGAAACGCUGCUUCCGGGAUAUUUGCACGAAAAUAUUUUUAAGAAGAGAAGUUACGAAAGAUCGAGUCUCGAGGAAUACGAAGACGUCGAGUUAUUCUCGAACCGUGUUUUUCUUCAGGUUAUUCACGACUGUUUCCAACGUUUCGAUCGUUUCUCAGCUAGAUACUUCGAGCCGACAGAUUCGAUGCUCCUUUACUUUAGCAACAACAACCGGGUAGAUGACGCGUUCGAGGAAAGGCGCACGUCGUUUAUACAUACGUCCAUCGGACUUCGAGAAUUCUGCGAAUAUAUCGCGGAAGACGAAGAGAACUGGAUAGAGCGGGAACGGAAGACACGCCAAUCGCUUCGAUGCAGGAUGGACCUGACAGGGAGAUUUAUGAAGAGAUCUAUCGAGGUGGAAGACGAGGCGAUCAUAUUCGCUGACGAGUGCUUCGUGCUUUCGGAUUCGCUGAAAGCGCGCCAUCUAAAGAAAAGUCCGGAUCGCGAUUUGCGAAAGAAAAUUUUCGAAACGAAGGAAUGCGAGGAAGUGAUGGGGGAAAAUGUUGAGGGGAAGAUAAUAACGACGGAGCAGAAACGAAACGGGGCGCUGACAGCGGACAACGGAAGCAAACAGGCGAAUGGAAAAGUUAUGAAUGAAAAAACGUCAUUGAUGAAGAAUAAAUCGGCCACGAAAAUAGAUGACGUCGAUACGUCCUUCUUAUCGGUGAAAAAAAUUUUAUCGUCUCGAUACGUCGAGAAGGACGAAUCGUACGACUUCGUCGGAUACGAUCUCGGUAGUCUUCGUGUUCAGGUGAUUCAUCAUAGCAAGAAGUUUAUUUUGGACGAUACGACGGUGCGAGUCGAACUCGAGGAUUGGCUUCACGGAGACCUCGACAUACGCAUCGCCAUCAUUUUACAAUAUUGUACUUUACGAUUGUCGAGCGGAGAUGAUCGCCGUCAAUCAGAGGACGUAUUUCAUUUAACUACAGAGAGAGGAAUUGUACUGAGUUUCUGCCGAAACAAAAACAAGGAUUUCGCUCAAAGCUUGUCCAAUUGCCAUUGGCAAAAUUUGGCUUUCGACUUUCGUGCUUCGUGGCCUUCCGGGUUAUUGAUAGAGCCAGCCAUCGGGGACGGCACAAAAGAUCCGUUUUGCAUUCGUCAAUCGUACGUUUCGAAAUGUCUCGGGCGCGCAAGUGCAGCUCAUGAAGUCUACCGGAACUUUCUCAGAAACGGAACCGUCUUAAAGUACAUGGACGACAAUACUGUCGUCAUUCUCCGUCCCAAUAGCGUCAUCGUGACGUGCAUGGAUUUCGACAAGUCGCAAUCGUACGACGAAUCCAUUCACCAGACGACCCUAAAAGAGAAUCUCUUCUCUGCAGAAUUUAGCAACGAAAAGAGCAACUCGGUGGCAGCCAAAAGCAGAGAAAAAGUCAUGGGUUCCACGGAGUCGCGUUCAAACGGAUCGAUCGGGAACGAGCAACCGUCGAAACAACGUAUAUUGUCGGCGGGGGAACACAGCGAUGGAGUCGACUCGCUGAUAAUAGGAGCGAAUAAAGUGUUACGAUACUCAGUAGUAAAUUACGACGGUCGGCACUACGAAGUGUUGAACGAUCUGGUUGUAAGUGAGCACGAUCGAUUGCUCGUUAGGACCACGACUGACUACGAGGUCAACGAGGUAUUCACACGCCGUGCCGAUGGUACUGAUACGUUGCUUCGUUCAAAUGGAGAAUUGGUCGUUAUGUUUCCCGACGGCACGCGUAUCAUUACCGGUUACACGAUAGAGGAACAGCCAGUGAUUUGCGAAUGGUCGGAGGAUGAAUUGCAGCAAUAUUUCGGAUACGAUGGCCGAAUUAACGUCGCCUCGUCCCACGAUAGCGCAUUCUCGCACGAAGGUCCGCCCGCACCGUACGUCGAUUACCGAGACGAACUGACGGGGAUAUCGAUCGCGGACGGUUUUGUCUCGAUCUUGUUGACUUUCCGCGUGGAACACGAGGAUUACGCUAGCGUGUCCUACGAUCAGUCAGCGGUUGGGUGUACUUUAUCGAUGCCCGACAAUCUUCGCGUCAGCAUAUCGAGAGAGGGUCAUUACGAAGUUUCAAUGGAGGACAAAGUUAAUCUGAAGAUUCGCGACGAUGUGACAUUUUCGAAGAUAUGUGCUACCUGUGGCGGAAGGUCGAUAUCGACUUAUAAGUUCCGGAAAUCGUCCGACGCCGGUCCGCAAACGAUUCUCACGACUAUCGAUAUUCUUGGGAAUGUGCUUGAGGUUAAAAGCGAUGGUACCACGAGUUAUCGUCGCCCGUAUAGAAGACGCGAGAGCGACGAAGGGGAGGAAGAGGAAAGCGACGAAGAGGAAAGCGACGAAGGGGAAAGCGACGAAGGGGAAAGCGACAAAAGCGAAAGCAACGAAGGGGUAAGCGACGAAGGGGAGGAGGACGGCAACUCGGGGACAAGGAUCCAUCGCAAACACGGACGAUAUUGCGAAAUGCUCAAGUUUCCUGCGAGAAGUCAAUACAGAAUUUUCGCGAUGAAUCGCGAUCUGACAGCUUGCGAGUACCUUCAUCGAUCGGUUAGACGCGAGCAAGAGCUGGCAGCCGUCUUGGGCGACGAGACGAGCAUGAUCCAGUAUCCAAUUUCACGUCGACCGGAACUUCGUCGCUUGAUUACAUUUAUGCCAAUGGAACCAGAGUCGGGAUCAAAGGAAAUAUCGGGAUCCUGUCAAUAUCGGAUCAGAUCUGACAAACGGACGGGUUACGAAAAAACUGAAUUACUGCGAAGCACUUAUUCAUUUCCGUACAACUGGCUGUUCCCCUUUGGCAAAAGAGAUCAGAGAGUUCCUCAAAGAAUCGAGAGAGAAGUUUUAGCAAAGCGAAAUGAGCAGCCGUUGCCCAAGUUAUUGCGAGUGCGCGUUUUCUUCGGUAUUAAAGAGGCAGACAGAAACGUCCUGAUCGAUAUGCAGAGGGCUAUGGGACGCUAUUGGAUAUCUGUGUUCCGUGAUGGUGACAAAUGCCGGCUAUUUUGCGCGACUGGAAGCAGUCGACCCUGCGAAGUUGAAAAUGAUUACGGGAGUUGGGAGCGCAGCCUACGAGAGCUGGCUCUCGGCGUUAAGGAAAGCAUCGACGUCGAGACGUACGUCAGAAGCCUUCAGGGUAAGCUCAUUAAAGUGAGCACGAAAGCACCUCAGCAGUCGAGCCGUUUUGCGGAGUUACUUCGACAAAGAGCCUCGAUGAAAGAGGAAUAUGAGUGGUAUAAACAGUGCAUGAAGAAGCGAAUUAUUAUACCGUAUUUUCGAAGUAUUGGUUCGUGUUAUUCGUUAAUGAAGGAUUAUGUCGACGAGGCGAUAUUAAAGAAAAGUUAUUCGCAUGUCGAGGAAAAAGACGAUGAAUUUAUCAGUAGUUAUAGAAUUGCAGAAGGUCAAAGUGCGUCAUAUCGCGAGGGCGCCAGGGCAUGUUCAUUGCAAGCACGUGGUAGUAGAGAGGUCGCCCUGAGAAACGCGAGCUUUCAAACUCCACAGCAUACGAGACUAACAUUGGAACCAUUAGAUUUCUGCUGGUAA